UCCCUGCCCCCCUGGCCGUGCCCGCCGCCCCCACCCCCACCCCCGCCCGCCGCCCAGAAGAUGGCGAGCCCGUGCGGGCGGCAGCAGUGCUCCAUCGAGAGGCGCGGCGUCCGCCACCAGCUCGAUUCGUGGCGACACAAGCUCAUUCACUGUUGAGAAAUCGAGGCCUUUUCUACCGGUCCCAAAAUACACAUAAGCGCCAGCUCUAGGCCAGCAAUUCGAUCCAGUUUUUGAUUCUACUUCCACAUUUGGGAGUAUGCAAGGGACAAACACAUCUCUUUGCGUAGCUUGACUGGAUGUCCCAAGACUAGGAUGGUUUGAAAGUAUUCUAGAAGGCCUGUUUGGACCUGGAUUAUUAAAAGAUCUCAGUUUGUUUAAAGACUGUGAGCCUGAAGGUGUUUCUGAUUGGUCUUUUGAUGAAAAUUGUCUUUUCUGCUGCCUGAGAAGAGAAAAAGUAAAGGAACACUUAGUCAGUCUGGAUGAGCCAGCCUCGGAAGCUGGACAAGAAGCUCUGCUUAGACAAGAGCAAGCAAAAAUCAUUCGAUUUGAAAGGCAAGCGGAAGAGUUCCUCAAUGCAGUCUUUUACAGAAAAGACAGUCCUAGGGUCUCUGACCCCAAUAUUCCCCUAGUGGCCCGUGAGAUCAUGCAGCGAAUGAUCCGACAGUUUGCUGCUGAAUAUACCUCAAAAAAUACUCAGGACUCCAGCCAGCCCAAUAGCACAAAGAACCAAAGCCUGCUGAAAGCAUCUCUGGUCGCCUCCUCUCCCACGGCUGCAACUGCUCAGAACCCUGUGCUCAGCAAACUUCUCAUGGCUGACCAAGACUCACCUCUGGACCUUACUGUCAGAAAGUCUCAGUCAGAACCUAGUGAACAAGACGGUGUGCUUGAUUUAUCCACUAAGAAGAGUCCUUGUGCCGGCAGCACCUCUCUGAGUCAUUCUCCAGGGUGCUCCAGUACUCCGGGAAAUGGGCGACCUGGGAGACCCAGCCAGCACCAUCCAGAGGGACUACAGAGUGGUGAUGGGGUACCUCCAAGAAGCUUGCAGGAUGGAACCAGGGAAGGUUAUGGCCACUCCACAUCUCUUAAAGUACCGCUGGCUCGAUCACUCCAGAUUAGUGAAGAACUGCUGAGCAGAAACCAGUUUUCUACGACUGCCAGCCAUGGGCCAUCCGGACUACAGAAUCACGGACAGCACUUAAUAUUAUCCAGGGAGGCUUCUUGGGCAAAACCACACUACGAAUUCAAUUUCAGCCGCAUGAAAUUCAGGGGAAACGGUGCACUCAGCAACAUCAGUGACCUUCCUUUUCUUACAGAAAACUCUGCCUUUCAAAAAAUGGCACUUCAAACUAAACAGGAUGGGAAAAAGGACGUGAGCCAUUCGUCUCCUGUGGAUUUAAAGAUACCACAAGUUCGAGGCAUGGACCUUUCAUGGGAGUCCCGCACUGGUGACCAGUACAGCUAUAGCUCUUUGGUAAUGGGUUCACAAACGGAGAGCGCGCUUAGCAAAAAGUUAAGGGCUAUCCUUCCAAAACAAAACAGGAGAAGUUUGCUGGAUGCUGGACCAGAUUCCUGGGGCUCAGAUGCUGAGCAGUCUACCUCUGGACAGCCAUAUCCCACCUCAGAUCAAGAGGGAGAUCCUGGCUCCAAGCAACCUAGGAAGAAAAGAGGGAGAUACAGACAGUACAACAGCGAGAUACUGGAGGAAGCAAUCUCUGUGGUUAUGAGCGGGAAAAUGAGUGUUUCCAAAGCUCAGAGUAUUUAUGGGAUUCCCCACAGUACACUGGAGUACAAAGUUAAAGAGAGGCUGGGCACUUUGAAAAACCCUCCAAAGAAAAAAAUGAAAUUAAUGAGGUCGGAGGGGCAGGAUGUUUCAGUAAAGAUUGAAUUAGAUCCCCAGGGAGAAGCAGCACAAAGUGCGAAUGAAUUGAAAGAUGAGUAGGGAUGUUGUAGAGUGCCAAUUACUUUGCAAACUGGGUGAGCACUACUGCAUAGUUUAGCCACCACUGAGCACACCUGAUUCUCCUAUUUGCUGCAAUGCUCUUUCCUUUGCAGUUUAGCAUAGACUUGUGUGGACACAAGUGAAAGGUGUGCUCUGAAUGUCACAUUUGUAAAUUUUUCUAGCCUGGUGUGGUGCAGUUUCCCUCCUUCACCUGCCCACUAACCCUUUUUUGUUCUUUCUUUUUUUUUUUUCUUUUGCCUUUUGCAUGUUUCUCUGUAAUAAGAGAGUUGAGUUACCUCACAAAGAAUGCAGAUCUGUGGAAGUGAACAUCUUGCCUGUAGAGCCUGUCUGAACUUCUGGUGUUGAAUUUUUCAUUUCUGACUUGAUAGAAAUAAGUCCACUUUGUUAAACUGAUGCUCUCUUAAAGCCAGGCUUUUUUGAAUGAGGAUCAGACUGUCAUUCUUCAAAACAUUUCAGAAAUCUUUUUUCCCCUCCUUUUCUUUGAUCCAGUUGAUUGAAAGAUCUAAGCUAAAGCGAGCUAUCUAGGAAUGGUACCUCUCUUGAACUCAGAUUUGUUUAUUAGAUGGAUCAUCAAUUGGGUCUAAUUAGGCUCUCCACUAUUUUCUUUCUCAAUUAGACAUACUUACCAUUCACUGUCUGCUUAGUGCUCACCCGGAGGGGAGGGGAGGGAAAACUUACAUACACUACCUUCAGAAUAUGUCAGUUAAUUAUUUGUAACACUACCUUUGCUGUAAUUUUGUUUGAUAUUUUUGAAGGGUGAUAUUUAGACUCACCUGCUUGAGGAUGUAGCCUUAUCUCACGGAAGACAAGCUUCUUGCAGUCAGGAGCAGUCAGGGUACACUAAAUGAUGUAUUAGGGUAUGCCUCAUAACAGAACUAAGGUUCUCUGUGACCUUUAUGCUUUUUACAGACUUGAUUCUGAGUUUACUAAACUGUGUGAUUCCAACAACUAGUUUAAAUGACUCUAAUCCGGGGAGGGGGGAUUUGUGUAACAAACUACUGUGAUAUUGCAAAAACAAACAAACAAAAAAAGCCCGCAAAAUGGUAAUCUCAAACACUACAACCUCAGUAGUCUGCCCAAAAACCACAUUAGUGAAGGAGCUUGUUAAUGUUCAGGGAAGAAGUAAAACACUGGUAGCCUGAUCUAACUCAGGCUCUGCAUCAUAUCUAUCUGUAAUACUGUCAGGGUCGAACACUCAAUGAAUGGGUGUUUCCUUUUUAAAUAUUACAGUUGCCAGUAGCAGGAAUUAAUCUAAGUCCUGCUUUUUUGUUGUUGUUUUUAUUUAAUCUAUUUUGAUAGUGGUUUAGCACAUGCAAGAAUAAGCAUUUAAACACCGUAAAAGCACUCCGUAAACCACAAAUCAAUUUUUUUUUAACAUGAUGAUGUCAUUAUCAUUAUACGGAGAUCCAGGAUAAGUUUUGUACAGAACUUUUAUCUUUGAUACUUUCUGUGGGAGUGGUCAGUAACUAGGUGGAGCUUACUGGAUUUACCACAAUAUGACCAAAUUGGAAUUGCUGGUUCUUCAGGUAGAAACAAUUUGAUCUUAAUCUGUGCAGAAGGUAGAUAGAAGUAUGAUUUUUUUUUUUUUUUUUUUUUUCCCAUUUGCACAACCAAAAGAAACAUUGGAGUUUUUGUGUGAGAGCAUUAAGUGAUGUCAGUGAUUGAAAGUGGUUUCUCAAAGCUCAUGGGAGGGUGGCCUAGAUUAGCCCUGGGGAUGCUGAAUGACUCUGGAACAGCUGAUCCUAUUCACCUCCCCCCCUCCCCAGCAACUUCAUAUUUUCAAAGGUUAGGCACACCAUUGCUGUCAUUUUAAAUAUGCACUGCUCAUUCUUGAAAUGGACUGGGCACUUGGCCCCAGUUAUGCUUUUUGUUUACUUAAUAGAUUUUAGUACUCAAAAUCCUGGUUCCUCGUAGCUCUCUAGUUGUCAUCUUGGCAUUUAAAGCAGUUUAAGCUCAGUAGCAGUAUAUAAACUCUGCAAUACGUUCCAGUUUAGCUGGUGAUUGCAAUAAAGCUGCAGUUAAACGCGUGGUUUCAUCUGCUGUUGGAGGUUAUGGUAGAAAGUUUGCUGCAAGUUUAAAGAACGAAUAACACAGUUUUGCUGUUCAGAGAGGUUUAACCUUUUGCAGUUGUCUUUAUUUAAGCAACAUGAGUUGAGUUUUAUAAAACUUGUCAUUGUAGUGUUUGUGGAGUGCUCAUUUUACUAACCUAAAUAUUUUGUAUGUGUAUGUUUAAGUGGGUGACAAUCGUGCAGCAGAAGAAUGGUGUGCCUACCCUUUAAUGCUGCAGUUUUAAAAGAGAAUUUGUCUUGUCAUUUCAGGCUGUAGGCUAAGAAUUGUAAAUAGAUAGUGAGAAGUUGAGUACUCUUUAUUUGCUUUGGUUAGAAAGUGGAUUUAAAAGAAAAAAAAAGGAAAAAGAAAAAAAAAAGAACAACAAACAACAAACCAAACGCGUAACUUUCUCAGUUUAAAUGUCCUGAGACCUGAAGAUUGUAAUACUCACCUCUGCAAAGCUUUUAAACACAACACUUGAUCUGUGAUAUCUUGAUAUUCAGGUAAUCUUUCUUUUUCGAGAAGCUUUUGAACAACCGCAUUUCCUCCAAAGGUCUCUGCUGAAAAAGGAAAAAAAAGAAAAAAGUGUAGAUUAUUUUUAAGCACUAAUUGCAUUACGUUGGUAAUUGCAAUAUAAAAUAGCCAUUAUUGUUUUGUGAAGCAUGGUUGAGAUUAGUUAGUGGUCCCUUUUUAAAAUUUCAUGAGCCUCUCAAAAAAUAAAAACAAGUUUAAAAAAAAAGCUGCUGAAUAUUCAAAAGAUAUAUAUUUUACCUUAUUGUAGGUUUUGUAAACUUAGUCUGUAAUAUUCAGGUGCACCUUUUAACGUUAACUUUUUGUUUCAAAGUCCCAUCUGAUGUAUUUUCUCUGAGGUGAUUCAUCACGUAAGACUAGUAUCACUCUGAGUGCUGCAGUGAUCACUGAUGUUUUGUUUCAUUUUUCACUACAUAUUUUUUGCAGGCGCUUUCAGUGUAGCUAACUAGUAGUAUUUGGGAUCAUUUAAAAUAUAUUAUUGGGAUUAAUGUUUGUCCAUUAGCAUGCUUAAUUUCCUGCUGACCAGCAGUUUGCAUGGCCAAAAUCCCUGAUUGACCAUAUUUUGGUGUGGGAAGGUGUGGUUCACUGCUGUCUGUGUAACAAAAGCCUCGUUUCUCAUGUUAUUUCUGAUAAGUGGAUGCUUAUGUUACUUGGAUCACUUGGACAGGAGAGAAGGUUUAAAAUCUUUCUCCUGCUGCUCUUUUGAGAUCACAUUAACGUGUAACAUAGACAAACUGCAACCCUGUAAAAAUCGAGACGUCGUUAGGAGGAGGCCUUUCGGGUAUUUUUCGUCACUAGUUUUCUCUUAUUCCCGAGAAUGUCCACCCGAUGUAGUUAUUGGACUUAACAGUAUUGUUGUGUACUACGUUGAUGUAGCUGAAAAAGCCUGACAGCAAGAAACUGUGAAUAAUAUUUGUGGCAGUCUCUGAAAACUAGUUUUUCAGUCCAAGUAUCAUGAAGGAGAAUCCCUCUCCCCUACCCCAUCCUAGAAAAGUAAUUUUAUAUUUUGUGUGUAUAAAGUUUUAAGAAUCAAGUUUCAUAUUGUACUGAAGUUUAGGUGUCGCUUGGUAAAUCUUUGCUGCAGCAUAUAAUUGAAGAUGAGUAAGGCUUAGUGUGGUAGGGGUCCUGGUGUGGAGUUAAUUAUCGUACAGUUCUGGUGAGAAAGCCCAACAUGUAUGAAGUGUGUCCUUUUUUUUAUUUGGACUUGUAAGAUGUAAAAGUGCUUUUUUAGAACUCUGACCUAUUACAAACUAUUACCUCACUUUCAGCCAGCUGGAUCCUCAUUCCACAGUGUUGUAGGCAUUAUCGUGGCCGUAAUGCUUGAGCACAGCUAUAGAGUUGGACGUUUCCAGUUAGAUAUUGUAGGGACGCGUUUCUGGACUCGUUUUUAUUUCUGUCUAAAUAUAUUUUAUUUUCCAGUCAUUCCCCCCCCCCUUCUUUUUUAAAGGCUGAAGACAGCGCUCUUUAGAAUUUCUCAUUUUUCCCUGUUAUGCAGAAGUUGCUGCCUAAGCAAUACAGGUUUGCCUUUCUUUUUGUUGCAGAACUCGUGGCUUGUUGGUUGCGUUACCAACCCUAUUGCUAGACCUGAAGUUGAACUCUGAAUUUUCAUGGCAAUUGGAAAACGUUAUUUUUAACAAAUGCAGGUGUUCAGGUAGGAUAGUGCCUCUGGUAAGGGAACACAUUCAGCUUCUGCGUUCUCAAGCAACUCCUAUGUCACCUUUUCUGUAGAGCUUUCCAGUGCUCAAGGAUAUUCCUAAACAAGGAAGGGAGCUGCACGUGUGUUUAGCAGACAAGCGGUGGUCUGUGCUUUGUCUUGUGGCAGCCCGACAUUUGAGUCUAAAUAUUUCCUUCAUGAGAACCUCAGAGUACGUUGCCUUCCCCUGGAAAUUCACAGGAACUGGCAAAGUGAUUCAGGGGCUUCAGGGUUGAGUAAGCUUUGGAUAGAUUGAAACAACUUUUUAGUUCUGGUUGAAUUGCUUUUUAUAUCAUCUGCAACAAUUGUGGUACAGGCAAAACUGGAAUUAUCAUGUGGGUUUUUUUCCCAUUUACUUUGAAGUAAUGCUCUUAGAAUGUCCUUGAGUCUUAGGAGAGCAACACAGUGUCCAAGGAGUGAAGGGAACAUUGUGCUGUUCCCUUGUUUCUCAUAAACAAUGUGGCUACAUCUGUAACAUAAAGAGCUCUUUCUUCAGUGAAGACCAAAUUUUAACUCUUCAGUGUAAGAUUGCAUAUACUUGUUGCAGUCCAAGCUCUUACGAAGGCAAAUGUAUUAACCUGUACCAAAAGCUUUGUCACAAUAUUUGAAAUAUCUUAAAUUCUCUGCCAGAUGUUAGAGGUAGAACAGGAAGGGUUGUUUCCCUCAUUUUCAUGAAGAUCAGAAACUUCUAGGUUUACCCCACAAAUGUUUCAGAAAUUAAAUGUGAUUUCCGUCUAGGUCGAUGCUGCUUUUCCUUGGCACCAGUAGAUAAUGUUGACUAGUACGGCUUUAAAAAGCUGUACCUAAAAAAAUUUUGAGACUGGUUUUGGUUUUCACUUGAUCUCAAGUUACAUAAAAAAACUUUGUAACGAGAACCUUCAGAAACCUGAAAAUCACACUGUUGGUUAUAUGCGGUUCUGUUGGGUGUAGUAAAUACAAUAGCCGCUACAGCUAAUCAUUUCUAAUCAUCCAGUGUGUAAACAUGAUACACUGGUGGUCACUAAGCAGAGAGGUAUUGUGGACUCCAAAUGAUCUGUAGAUGCACUCCGCAUGUACCAGAAAGAAACCUACAAGUAGUUAGAGUAUUCUGGUGUCCAUCUCUCUCCCUCUCUCCUGUUCUUGCUUUGACUGGGGCCAAGUUUCUAUACCAGUAUUACAGCAGCAGUUUUGGACUUCAUGUCCUGUUGAGUUAUGCCUAAAUUCGGGUAUUGUCUUGAAAACUUUUGUAUUAAGAGAGAUUUAUUUGAUCCUCACAGAAAUCUCUUGGCCUGGUCACAAAAUCAGUUUUCCUGGGUGAAGUACUAAGAGGAAGGAUGUUUUUUUUCUUUUUCGGUCCUGUCCAGGGCAUUUAAUUCACCUUCUUAAAAAUAAACGUCCCUGCCCUGUGCUUGUCUCUACUGAAUUGGUAAGUAUAACGUAGAAGGACUCAACUCUACCCAAUGGAGCAGGGAUUAGGACACAGACUUUAUUCUGGCUGGAGCAGGAGAAGUUGGUUAGAAAACAGUUUCUAUGGUCAUCACCUAGUACAGUCUAACAAUGUGUUUUCCUACUCAGAAAUAAUGAAGACACUACUACAGCUACUAAUACAGUUUAUCAACUACUUGGUGCUACAUUUCUCAAAUAUUUUUGCAGAUAAUAUUUUUUAUGCCUGCGUGAAAGCAUGUAAACUUUAUCAUCACUAUACAAAGCACUUGUCUGACCUAUUCUAAAGUACCAGAAAAGGGAUGAAUAACUGCAGCACUUUUUCUGUUACAAUGCCAGAGUCUUAAUUAAAUCUGGUCUUCAGGUUAUAAGAUAUUUUAAAUGUACAAUCUGGGAUCAUUUACGGCUUUUCAGGUCAGAUCACAAGUUCUCUUGGGAUAAUAAUCUGUCUUUUAAAGACUAACACAACAAAAUAUUCUGAAGUUCAGGCAGGGGAUGUAUAUAGACAUGCCUGAUAUUUUUAACUGAUCGUUUCAAUCGGCCGUUUCAGGGCUUGACUCUUGGAAUCUGGGAUGAUGGGUAGGGAAAGGGAAGUUUCCCAAACUGAAAAAUCAUUUCGGACCGUUGCUUAAUGUUCAGUUUGAAAACUGUAUCACAAGAAAAAUGGGUAGGGAUUCUUUCUCCCUUAUGCCUUCAGGGAAUGAGUAGUAUUUAGAAUCUCUGGCUGAAAUUCAAGCCUUUUUACCGUGUAAAUUUUUAAUAUAAACUCAUUGACAUGCUUUUUACAUCUGAGGACUGAAAAUGGAUCUUAAUGUUUAAGUUGUGGAAUGGUAUAUUUCUUAAAUGAAGGGGGAACAUUUAAAAAAAAUAGAUUAGAAUACCAGCAUUAGUGAGCUUAAGGAAUUUUAGUAUGUAAUAGCAAAGUAUAGCAAAGUAUUUGAUUAAAAAAAUAAUCUUGAAUUGCUAGUCUGUAACUAGGUGCAUUCUAAUUUAGCAGGUGAAUAUUCUUUACUUAUUGAUAUAUGAUGGGCUUUUUGCAAAUAGAAACCUUUAUCCGAGUCCCACGUGUUGCUUGUACUGAUGGGAUGUAUGCUUACAGCAGCUUACUGCUGCUUUAAAAUGUAUAAAAUAUGUUUUGAGUGUUUGCUCAUAACUCUUUCUAACCUCCACUUGUUAAAUUGUCAGACAUUGGUAUUUUAUCAGUCCGCAAUGUAAGUUUAAACUAAUGUUCUUAGGAAUCCAACUUGUACACACACUGUUUAAAAACCCUCAGGGACAGUUUACACACUAUCCUCACUCAAUUCAGGUACUUGUACUCUCUUCUUAAACCUAGCAGUGACUUGUAUUUUGUUUUGCUUUUCUUUUGACGUGCUGAUAGCACAUCCUUGAUGAAUGUCAACUUAAAACUCAGUUCAGGUAUCCAGGUAUAACUCAGCCAAACGGAUUUUAAAGCUGCAUAUUUACUCUCCAGCACACAGUGCCUCAGACACUUAUAGUGGCAUUCUGUAUAUUCAGUUAUUACUACUGAGCAGAUCGCGUGGGGGUUCCUGGUAUGUAUUGUAAGAAAUUCCUAUGUAUAUUAUAUAAUAUGUAUUAUAUUAUAUACAUAUAUAGUAUAUAUGUUAUCUUAAACUUAUAUAUUUUAAAAUGCCACUACUAGCCAGCGCAGCUAAAAAUGAAUUACAUUCCCAACUGCUUCUGUGAAGGGCAGGGGCAGCUUCUCAACGUGGCUCUUGCUUCUCUCUCCCCGUAACUACUUCUAACCUCAAGCACGGGCCCUUGGCUGUCUGACCUCUACACUCUAGUUAUGCAAUGUCCUUCGAGAAUUCUGUGCACUGGCCACUGUGAUGGAAACCAAUGGGCCGGGAGUGCUUUGAGCUUAUUAGUAAUUGUUCUGCCAAAGUUGGUGUUUGUACGACAAGCGUUGUAAACCUGUCGGAUAAUGGGCAGAGGUGCAAGCGGGUGACGCUGCACGUGGCCGCCUCCCCCUGCGGGGCAGCACCGCGGCCUCGGCGGUGUCUCCUCUCUGAUGCUGAGCACUAAAUCCGGGGCGCGUUGGCACUUAACAUCUGCAGCGACGGGCUCCGCGCUGCGCGCGAGGAGGCGGAACCUUCACAGUGAAAUCUGCUGCUCUGCCCUCGCAGUGAUCUGUUGGCAGUCACGAGUCAGCAACACCUCUGCUUCAUUAUUUGACACUUUACAUCUCAAAAGUCUUCUCUUUCUAUUUAUGUAACCCAUAGUCUUUGAAGAGUAUGGAAAAUGGCAUUUCUCUCUGACCUCUAGAAGUUCAAGUGUCAUGGGAAAAAAAAAACAGGAACCCCCCCCUUUACUCUUAUGGACCUCAUUUCAAUAUACUGUUUACAGUUUGACGGAAUUGUAUAAUUUAAUAUUUCUCUUGUACUGUAGUUUAUAUUUAUUUACAGAUUUUUUUUGUACUGUGUGAUUUGAAUUUUUUGUUCCUUGCUAUGAUCAAUGUUUUAUGUAGUAGAGCACUUAUGAUCACAAAUUAAGGUUUUUGGUUUGAUUGCACUACAUUAAUUUUUUUUAAUGCAGUUCUGAUUUUUUGACUGGACUAAAUAAGCUGUGUCUUAAUGUAUGUGAUAAGUACUUUUAAAUUUUUAUUUCAUGUGGUCCAUUUAUUUUUUGCAUUGUAUGUCAAAGCGCUAAUUCUCUUGUUGUGCAUGUGUAAGAUUUAAUGGCUCCAUUGUAUUAUUUGACCAUGUCAUUUUGGAAACACAUUCCCAGCUGUAACGUUGUGUAUGGUAGUUUUCACUGGAUGCUAGACUUUUCAAAACCACUAUUCUUCUAAUAAAUUUUGUUGUGAAAAACUUU